AUGCCUAAGAACAAAGGAAAGGGAGGCAAAAACCGCCGCCGCGGCAAGAACGAGAACGACAACGAGAAGCGCGAACUCACCUUCAAAGAAGAAGGCCAAGAGUACGCCCAAGUGAUCAAGAUGCUAGGCAACGGCCGCCUCGAAGCCCUGUGCUUCGACGGCGAAAAGCGGCUUGCGCACAUCCGGGGCAAACUCCGCAAGAAGGUCUGGAUCAAUCAAGGCGACAUCAUCUUGCUGUCGUUGAGAGACUAUCAGGACGAGAAAGGCGAUGUGAUCUUGAAGUAUUCAGCGGACGAGGCGAGAAGUCUGAAGGCGUAUGGCGAGUUGCCGGAGAAUGCGAAGAUUAACGAGACGGAUACGUAUGGGCAUGAGGAAGGGAAUGACAAUGUGGAGUUUGACGAGGAUCGGGAUAGUGAUAGUGAUGAUAAGGAUAUUGAUGUUGACAAUAUCUGA